AUGGCGGAGCCGCUGCUGAGCCGGAGCUGGACCCGCCUGAGGCGGAGGGAGCGGCGCGGGGCGGAGGCCGCGGAGGGAGGGAGGUCCCGCCAGAGUGGCUGCAGGGAACCCCAAAAUCAUCGCGAGGAACCCCAAAAUCAUCGCGGGGAACCCCAAAAUCACCGCAAAGAACCUCAAAACCAUCGUGGGGAACCCCAAAAUCGCCUCGAGGAACCCCAAAAUCGCCUCGAGGAACUCCAAAAUUAUCGUGAGGAAUCCCAAAAUCAUCGUGGGGAACCCCGAAAUCGCCUCGGGGAGCCCCAAAAUCGCCACGAGGACCCCAAAAAUCGCCACGAGGAAUCCCAAAAUCGCUUCGGGGAUCCCAAAAAUCGCCACGAAGAACCCGAAAAUCGAUGGGAGAACCCCAAAAAUCAGUACAAGGAGUCCCAAAAUCGCCUCGGAGAACCCCAAAAUCGCCACGAGGACCCCAAAAAUCACAGGAAGGAACCCCAAAAUCGAUGGGAGGACCUCAAAAAUCAUCGCAAGGAGCUCCAAAAUCGCCUUGGAGAGUCCCAAAAUCGAUGGGAGGACCCCAAAAAUCCCGACGAGGAACCCCAAAAUCAUCGCGGGGAUCCCCAAAAUCGCCACGAGGAACCCCAAAAUCGCCACGAGGACCCCAAAAAUCAUGGCAAGGAGCCCCAAAAUCGCUUCGAGGAGCCCCAAAAUCGCUGCCGGCAGGAGCCGCAGCCCAAGGGGGGGUCCCCGAUUUUGGGGGGUCCCGGCAGAGCCCCCGGGGCCGGCGCGUACCUGCAGAGCCUGGAGCGCAGCAGCCGCCGCUGGCUGCUGGCCGGGAGGGGGACACCGGGGACACUGGGGACAUUGGGGACACCGGGGACAGCAGGGGACACCGGGCACAGCGACAGCGGCGGCGACAUCUGGUACAACCCCAUCCCCGAGGAGGGGACGGCGAGAGGGGUGGGGACAGCGGAGCGACACCGGGAGGAGGACAGCGGAACCCCUGCAGCCCCCUCCCCACCCCCAGACCCCCUCCCCACCCUCCCCAAACCGCGCCCCCCAGGCCGGGUGCGGCGCCUCUCGCUGAAGCUGCGGCGGAAGCUGAGCCUGAGGAGCCCCCGGAGCCCGAACCCGGCACCCCCCGAGGCGCAGCGGGAACCCCGGAACGUUCUGGGCCGGUACCACCUGGACAGCAGCGUGGCCUGGGCACUGACCACAGCACUGUCCGGUCUGACCGGACAUCGAGGCUGCGGCCGCUCCCCGGAGAGCCCGGCCACACCCACGGCGGGUCCUGCGAGUCCAGAAAGUUCUGGAAGUCCAGAAAGUCCUGGAAGCCCAGAAAAUUCUGGAAGUCAAGAAAGUUCUGGAGGUUCUGGAGGUCCUGGAGGUUCUAGAGGUUUUAAAGGUCCUGGAGGUUCUGGAAGUCCAGAAAGUUCUGGACGUUCUGGAGGUUCUAAAGGUUCUAAAGGUCCUGGAGGUUCUGGGCGUUCUAGAGAUCCUGGAGGUUCUGGAAGUCCAGAAAGUCUGGGAUGUUUUGGGGGUUCUAGAGGUUCUGGAGGUUCUAGAGAUCCUGAAGGUUCUGGAGGUCCUGGAAGUCCAGAAAGUCAUGGAGGUUUUGGAGGUUCUAGAGGUCCUGGAAGUCCAGAAAUUCCUGGAUGUUUUGGGGGUUCUAGAGGUUCUAAAGGUCUUGGACCUUUUGGGGGUUCUAGAGAUCCUCGAGGUUCUGGAGGUCCUGGAAGUCCAGAAAGUCCUGGAGGUUCUCGAGGUCCUGGAAGUCCUCAAAGUCCUGAAGGUUCUGGAGGUUCUGGAUUUCCUGGAAGUCCCAAAGGUCCAGGAGGUUCUGGAGGUUCUGGAUUUCCUGGAAGUCCCAAAGGUUCUGGAGGUUCUGGAUUUCCUGGAAGUCCCAGGCGUUCUGGAAGUCCCAAAGGUCCAGGAGAUUCUGGAGGUUCCAGAGGUCCUGGAAGUCCUCAAGGUCCUGGAACUCCAGAAAGUCCUGGAAGUCCCAAAGGUGCAGAAAGUCCUGGAGGUUCUGAAGGUCCUGGAAGUCUUAAAGGUCCAGAAAGUCCUCGAAGUUCUGGAAGCCCACGAGGUCCUGGAAGUCCCAAAGGUCCUGGAAGUGCUCAAGGUCCUGGAAGUCCCAAAGGUCCUGAAAGUCCAAAAGGUUCUGGAGGUCCUGGAAGUCCCAAAGAUCCUGGAGGUCCCAGAAGUCCAGGAAGUCCCAAAGGUCCAGGAAGCCCAAAAGGUCCUGGAGGUCCAGGAGGUUCUGGAGGUUCUGGAGGUCCUGGAAGCCCCGAUCUGGAUCUGGCCUCGUUCCGCCCGUACUGGACCCCGUCCGUCCCGCCCUCCUCGGCGCUGUCCGGCCUGCUGAGCGUCCAGCUGCGCGCCCUGAGCCCGGCCUGGCCCCAGAGCAUCUCCUGCGUCCUCCAAGUGGACGGAGAGAGCCGAGCUCGGACCUCGGCCAUGGCCGGAGCGGCCGAAUUCCGGCGCCUCGAGCACAGCUUCAACCUGGAGCUGGACGCGGCGCGGCGCCUCGGGGCCGCCGUGCUGGCCUGGAACGGCUCGGACGGCCGGAGCCGCCUGCUGGGGCACGGAGCCGUGGGGCUGGCACAGGUGUUUGAAGGUGGCCGCACUCAGUCCCUGGCCCUGCAGCUGCAGCCCCGCGGUGUCCUGUACCUGCGGUUGAGCCUCGUCCAGCUCCGGCCGUGUCCGGCCCCGUGUCCAGUGCCAUGUCCAGUGCCAUGUCCAGCAGAGUGUCCAGCCCAGUGUCCAGCCCAGUGUCCAGCAUCGUGUCCAGCCCAACUCCAGCCGUGUCCAGCACCAUGUCCAGCCCAAUGUCCAGCCCAACUCCAGCCGUGUCCAGCCCAAUGUCCAGCCCAACUCCAGCCAUGUCCAGUCCAGUGUCCAGCCCCAGCCCAGUGUCCGGCCCCGGCCCCGUGUCCGGCCGCGCGCCCCCCGCGGGUGUUCGGGGCGGAUUUGGGGGCGCUGGUGGCGCGGGAGGGGAGACCCGGGGGGGUCCCGCGGAUCCUGGAGCGGUGCCUGGGGGAGAUCGAGCGCCGCGGCCUCACGGUGGUGGGGCUGUACCGGCUCUGCGGCUCGGCCGCGGCCAAGAAGGAGCUCAGGGAGGCCUUCGAGAGGGACAGCGCGGCCGUGACCCUGUCCGAGCGCCUCUGGCCGGACAUCAACGUGGUCACUGGGGUGGUGAAGGAUUUCCUGCGGGAGCUGCCGUCCCCGCUGGUGCCGCCCCGGCUGCAGCGCUCGGUGCUCGAGGCCAUGGCCCAGAGACCCCCCCGGGACCCCCCCGGGGACCCCACGGCCCUGCUGGAGUGCCUGGCACCCCCGGAGAGGGCCACGCUGGCCCGGCUGCUGUCCCACCUGAGCCUGGUGGCGGCGCUGCAGCGCUGGAACCGCAUGGGCGCGCAGAACCUGGCGCUGUGCUUCGGGCCCGUGCUGCUGCCCCGGGGACAGCAGGGACACCCCCGGGGACACCUGGGACACCAGCAGGGCCACCAAGGCCGCCCCCCCGGAGAGGAUGAGGAGGGAGGAGUGGAUUUCAAGAGGCACCUGGAGGUGCUGCUUUACCUGCUGAGGGUGUGGCCAGUUCCCCCGCUCCCGGCUUGGGUCGAGUGCCCCCGGGGCCACCCCCCGAUGGUGGCCCAGGGUGACUCCGAGGUGGCCCAGGGUGACCUCGUGGUAGCCCAGGGUGACCCCGUGGUGGCCCAGGGUGGCCCCGUGGUGGCCAUGGGCUCGCCCCCCGUGGUGGCCCGGUCGCGGCCGAGGGGCCCCGAGAGCCCCCCCAGCAAUCGCUACGCGGGGGAUUGGAGCGUGUGCGACCCCCAAAGCCCAACCCAAAUCCUGCCCCAAAUCCCACCCCAAAAUCUGCCCCAAAUCCCGCCCCAAAAACCGCCCCAAAUCCCGCCCCAAAGCCGGGAAUUGCCCAGGGAUGGACACGGCGACACCGUGGGGACAGUGCCCCAAAAACCACCCCAAAGUCUGUUCCAAAUUCCACCCCAAAUCCCACCUGAAAUCCCGUUUGGGGAUUUGGGGUCAGAUUUGGGGUCAGGGUUGGAUUUGGGGUCAGGGCCGGAUUUGGGGUCAGAUUUGGGAUCAGAUUUGGGGUCAGGCCCCCGGUUGACCCUGAAGGAUUUCGAUGCCCUGAUCCGGGAGCUGGAGCAGGAGCUGGGGACGCGCCCGGACGUGGGGCUGUGACCCCAAAUCCCCCAAAACUCUCCCCAAAA